AUGUUGUUCGCCGGAGUUGGAGUACUAUUUUUUGUAGCUGUUGCUGUCGGAGAUUCCUUGGAUGUGUGCCUGGAGGAUAUGGGCUGCAUGCGAGGCACUCUAAUGCCAGGAUAUCAAAGCGGAGAGUUUGAAGCCUUCAUGGGCAUUCCCUUUGCCCAGCCGCCAGUUGGACCGCUGCGUCUUAAGAAUCCUGUGCCGAAUGAACCCUGGGAGGGAGUACUCGAUGCGGGAACGGCGAAGGACAGCUGCGUGCAGAGAAGCUACUUUGCGAAGGAAUGGGGUUUGAUGGGAGUGGAGGACUGCCUCUAUCUGAACGUCUACAGACCGAAGAAACGGGCUGAGGAUAAGUUGCCCGUGAUGGUUUACAUACAUGGAGGUGGUUUCUUUAGCGGCUCAGCCCACCCCAUGGCCAGUGGACCAGAGUAUCUGAUGGAUACCGGCAAGGUGGUCAUGGUAGCAAUGAGCUAUCGCCUUGGUCCCUUCGGAUUUCUAAGCACUGGCGAUGAGCACAUGCCGGGGAAUUUCGGAUUCAAGGAUCAGCGAUUGGCGCUGCAGUGGAUACAAAAACACAUAGCCACAUUCGGAGGAGAUCCCAAAAAGGUCACGAUCCUUGGUCACAGUGCUGGAGGAAUAUCUACACACUUGCACAUGAUUAGUCCCAAUUCAAAGGGACUUUUCCAAAACUCCAUGUCCUUGACUGGCACCAUGUUUCUGUCGGCCAUGAAGACCCUCAAAGAUCCCCUAAGUCAGGCAAGGCGUCUGGGCAAGGAGUUGGCCAUUGAUCAAGCGGAGACUCUCAGUACCCAGGAUCUGGCGGAAGCGCUACGUAAAGUGUGUCAUAAAAAACUCCUUAUCAGUGCGGACAGCUUAAAGGUCUGGGAUAACAUGCCCCACCUCACCAGUCUCCCAGUAGUGGAGGCUCCAUCUCCUGACGCCUUCCUGGUCGAGGAUCCGCUAGAUGCCCAUCGGGCAGGUCGCAUUCACCAGGUGCCCUGGCUCCUAAGUCUAAGUUCGCGAGCUGGAGAAGGUUCCCUGUUCCUAAUGCGUGCCUUCAUUAAUCCCAAGCUACGGGCAGAGUUCAAUGAAAACUUCCUGGAACAUAUGGUCCUGCUGCUUAACCUGCCCGAGGGAACUCCCGUCCAGAUGGUCAGCGAAAUAUUGGAUGCGUAUGACUUUAAAGGAGACAGUCUUAACAACGAUACCAUGUUGAAAUUGGCGGAGAUCUCUGGUGACUUCAACUUUUAUUAUCCGAUCUAUGAAACUAUUUCGUCGUAUGUCAACUAUGCAAAUCUCGAAGAGAAUCCACUGUACAUCUAUAUCUUUGAGUUUGCCGGCUUAAGCUCUAUAACUAAGUUUUUUGCUGGCACCACUGACGACUAUGGGCUUGGAGCAGUUCACAUGGAUGACGGUCUGCACACCAUACGCAUUCCAAUUAGCUUCGAUGAUUUUCCCAAGGACUCCGAAGAUGCCAAGGUUAUUCAACGAAUGACUUCGCUGAUGACGGAUUUCGCCAAAACGGGAGUUUUUCACGAAGAAUCCACCUGUAAAGCUGCGGAUUUCAAUGAUCAGGGAAUGUGCAAGUAUCUCCACUUUGGUGGCAACAAAGAAAAGUAUCUGGAAGAUAUUCGAAACAGCAUAACGCUCACCGCAUAUCCCAUAUGGAAGAAGCUGUUUUCAUAGCUCCCUAAAUUCGAUUAUAACUACUUUGGGUUAAUUUAAGAAUAAAUAAAACCCAUUA